AGGCGGAGAGUUCUCCUCUGGCCUCCUGAGUGCCUACUGUCGUGCGCAAGGCAUCCGUCAGACCUUCACGCUUCCGGACUCACCACAGCAGAAUGGGAUUGCUGAGCGCCGCAUUGGCAUGGUCAUGGACGUCGCUCGUACGUCCAUGAUGCAUGCGGCUGCUCCCCAUUUUCUGUGGCCGUUUGCGGUCAGGUACGCUGCGCACCAGAUCAACCUCCACCCCAGGGUCUCUCGACCGGAGACCUCCCCAGCCCUGCUGUGGACGGGGAAGGUUGGCGAUGCGUCGGCGUUCCGGGUCUGGGGAUCUCGGGAGUUUGUUCGCGACCUGUCUGCGGACAAGCUGUCCCCUCGUGCUUCUCCCAGCGUCUUCCUGGGGUUCCCCCCCGACGCCCCUGGGUGGCAGUUUUACCACCCCACCUCUCGACGUGUUCUGUCCUCCCAGGACGUCACGUUCGACGAGUCGGUACCCUACUACCGCCUCUUCCCCUACCGCACUCCGUCCCUCCCCCCACCCCCGCUCUUCUUGGUACCAGGUCCCCCCCCGGUAGUCCCCCUCCCCCCUCAGGGUCCUGCCCCUUCAGGUGUGUCCCAGGUAGACGCGGUCGAGCCUGUCGAGGUCACUGGUGACUCUGGUGCUGCUGCGGGAGCUGAGCCUGGGGGUGCGGAGUCUAGGGGUGCUGAGCCUGGGGGUGCGGAGUCUGGGGGUGCUGAGCCUGGGGGUGCUGUGCUUGGGGGUGCUGAGCCUGGAGGUGCCGAGCCUGGGGGUGCUGUGCCUGGGGGUGCCGAGCCUGGGUGUGCUGUGCCUGGGGGUGCUGUGCCUAGGGGUGCUGAGCCUGAGGGUGCUGAGUCUGGGGGUGCUGAGCCUUGGGGUGCUGGGUCUGGGGGUGCGGAGCCUGGGG